AUGCGAGUUACAAAGAGACAAGUAUCAAAACGUGAAAACGGAGAUAGUAAUCACUCUCUCGAGCUGCUCAGCACUCACAGUACGGCGAGUGCGACACCCGCUCAAGUACGAAUUGCAGCCAGAAAUGCACUCCGAGCAGCAUUGAAGACGCUGGAGACCCCACUGGCGUUUUUCAUCAGCUGUCGUCUUGUAAACUCCAAAGAUUCAAGUGAUCCUGCGCCACUGGGGCAACUGGUACUUAAGGUUUUCAUCGAAGAAGACGCGGAUCUUGCAGGACGAGAGAGCUACGCGCUGUCGUGUCUACAGAACGACGACUUUUCUCGACGUUUUGCGCCUCGGUUAGUCGAUGACGCAUUGGAAUACGAACUUAAAGUUGGUCAGUCUGUCAAGAUAGGCUGCUGUAUUUUGGUGUUGAAUCAACCAGACUGCACUACGCUACGUGCACAUAUCGAGGUGUCUCGUGAGCCUUUGGAACAGCAGAUUUAUCGUGUGGUAGCGGCAGUUCGAGCUCUACACACACGAGGUCUUGUCCAUGGAGCUCUUGAUAUACACAGUCUGGUAGCGUGCUCACCCGACGGACGAUUGAAGUUCUGGGGUCUCGAACAUGCCUCGAGAGCAGGACAUAAAGUCCCAUGUCCAGAUACAGAUCUGAUUAGCGUUCAUCAAGCGGAAUACAUUGCACCGGAGCUAGCAGCUCUUACACUGGAUGAGAUAUCAAGUUUUCGAACCUCAUUUUCAUUGGAUAUCUGGAAUCUUGGAGUGAUAAUCCUUAAGAUGUACGCGUCUGGACAUCAACUAGAAGAGUUCAAGGGCUGUUCAACACCUCACGACGUGUUUGAGCGCCUUACGUCUACUGAUAUUGAUGAGGAACAGUCAUAUACGUGCCUUUUCGAGCGAUCUAUUACUCGAUUUGUACCCAACGACGACAUGAAAGAUCUCCUGCGUCAAUGUUUGAACAGUAUUUCUAAAUCAAGACCGACGAUCGAAGCCAUUUCUAAGCACAAAGUGUUUGAUCCCAAGGAGCGUGAAGUAUCUCGACUGACUACAGUCACGUGUCGGAUGCUCUCGGCGAUAAUAGAAGAGAGAGAGCUGAUGUCUCCGUGUCUGAGUCCAGAGCCCUUACCGCCAAGUUUAUGGCUGUUUCUACCACCCAAAGAGCUUGAAAUCGACUUGACACAACGUGCCAGCUUUUUCUCGGAAGAUCAGUGGGUUUCAAAACUCAAGCGACUUCAAGAACAACGUGUCGAUGAACUCCGUUUUCCUCUCGUUUUUAUGUGCGAAUCAUGUGAAUCUGGCGACGUUAUUCCGUGUAGUAUCGCUACUACAACGAAGUAUGGAGUGAGCGUGUCUUCCUCAUUGUUGUCUCUGGUGAUGCCGCUCGUACGAGAAACGAUGCUGUUCCUGGAGGCUCGUGCGAUCUUGUCUAACGGAUUAAGCAUAGAAGAAGUCAGUGGGCUCACUGGGCCUCAGCAAUGGGAAGAACUGCGAACGUUCUACAGCGCUUUGGAGCGUAUGGAGCUCGCCACGGUGAACCUUGUAAAUAAGGUCGAAUUGGCGCCGAUGGAGCAACUUUUAAAAUCUAGAGACCGGAAAAACGCUCUAGAAGUUCUCGAUCAACUGACGAACCUCAUUUUUAGCGAGGACAAACGUGAAUAUGUCCGCAACCUGCUGGACGCCUUGGUUACUGAUGAAAAUCUUUUGUUUAUGGAUGAACGAAGCAGCUGGGCUGCUUUGCGUCGUGUAUCGACUAACAGUGAAGCACUGCGUUGGCUGUGCAGUCACCACGCACCAUAA